AUGGCUCCAACAGCAAGUUCUUCAGCUCCUCACAAGGGCGUAGAGAGGAAGAGGAAAGCCGGUGGAAAUGGGAAGAAAGGCAAGGUGUUCGUGGAAGAUAAAAAAGACCUACUAUCCCUCAUGUCAUCGAUAACAUCCAGCAAAGAUAAAGUAGCAGAGUCAAAAGUGGCCAAACGGAAAGCUGUCGUUGACGAAACAGCCCCAGUCAAUUCAGACGACAAAAACAAGAAGAGUAAGAAAGGCUUGCAGAAGGAGAAAGCAUUAGAAGAAGCGAAAGCUUCGGUCCUGGAAAAGCAACGUCUGAAGAAGAAGCGGAAAUCAACGUCCAACAAGCCAGCCAGUACUCCGGAUAAACCUGUAAAGAAAAGGGUCGGUUUCGCGUGA